AUGUAUUUUGAUGCCCUAUAUGUGACUGCACGACACGUACAUGUCACUGACGAGACGUGUUACAUGCCUAAUCUCUUUCAAAAACAUGAACACAGCACAUUCUUGAGUUUGGAACAAGAUGUAAAUAGCACAAUCGAAAUUAAACUGAAAUACACAAUACAUAGACCACGCAACGUCGUCCACAGUCAUCAACCCCGGCCCGGCCCCUGUCCGACUUCCCCGCCGCCGUCCAACGGAGCACCGGAACAACGACUCCGCAGUAGCAGUCUACCUCUCCCGUUCGUUCCAUUUGUUGUACGGAACUGCAAGCAGUAUCUGGCUAGCCUCGUAACUUCCGAGCGUGUGGCCCAGGAACCGAGUUCCACUCGCGUUGCGAUGGGUAAGAUCCCAACGACGCAGAUCCGGCUACUACCUUCUACAAUCGCACAGCUCUCAUCACAAAGUUAUGUCACCAUGGUUCGCGCCGGGGGUGUCGCGCAAGCUGGGUUCCCCUCACCAAACAUCCCAUCCGGCUCCGAGCCCCCGCGCGCCGAGGUCACCCAAGACCUCGUCCUGCCGUACUUAUAG